AUGACCGAUUUGGCGCAGGUGGAACCCACCAUUUCCAUGCUACAAGAUGCGCUGGUGCGGUAUCUGAUUUCGCGUGGCAACAAAACCAGUGAAAAACCCGCGGCGGCUACCACCACGCUAUUCGAUCUUCGCUCCGUCUUUUUUGGUCUCGCCGACAAUGACAAGGAUUCCGCCAAGAGCGUCCAUGCCAAUCCCGAUGCAGCCGAUAAAAAUGUCUACGUGUCGCUCGUUAUUUCCGUAUUGAUUCCCUCACGAACCGAAGCCGCGGCGGCAUACAAGGAAAAACAGGCCGAAGCCUUGGUCAUGUACCAUUUGCGAAAAUACGCGGCGAGUUUGAAUGCGGUCCUUUGCUUUGUGCGUACCGAGGAGCCUGUCGAAGAAGGAAAGGCAAUUGAUGCUCUCUCCAUUCAUCAACUCUCGCAUGUAUGGCACCAAUUGGCCAAGGGAGAAGAAGGAUGGAAACAAUUUGACACGACAACUACUACUGCCAGCGAAGAAACAGAAGAAACACCCGCGGAUACACCGCCUGCGGAGACCGUCAUGGGUGUGUAUGGACCUGGUAGCCAUCAAGAAGAUUUAAUCGAGUCGGUAUUGUUGCGGAAUGCUCAUUUCCCCGGACAGUGGGAUGCCUCGAAUGACUCCUUGUGGGUAGCACUGCCUUCGGCGACGGACGAUGCGACGGCCAAUGCUGCCGCCGAUGCACCCGCGGACGGAGAUGAAUCUUGGCUUCGGGAACUACGAUCGUCGGUUACCUCCGAGGCUGUCAAGACUCCUCCAGCCACUGCCAAGGGUGACUCCGCGGCCGAUACUGCAAAGACACCCAAUGAUGCCGAAUUGUCCAGCUUCUUUGACAGUUUGUUGAAGCCCUAG